AUGUCCUCGCCUGUCCCGGAUUGCCAUGGGUACGAUGCCUUCGGGCCCGGCAAAACGGUAGCCGUUAUCGGUGCCGGAAUCAGUGGCGUUUGCGCCGCUGCUCAUCUAUUGAAGCAAGGGCUCGAGGUAACUGUGUUUGAGCGCUCGGGCAUUGCUGGCGGCGUCUGGCACUACGACAGGCGUAUUUCGGAGGACUCGCCAUACCCCAACAGCAUGCCCUCACGAGGUGAUUAUCAAUUAUCACAGCCAGGAGAGUUUUCAUACGCCACACCUCCGCCGGAACACAAUGCCUAUGUUGGCGAUGCCGCGGGCAACCAAAAUACUCGCGCCAUCGCCGACCUCGAGGUGCAUUUCUCACCACCCGGGCCCUGUUAUGCAGGCUUGAAGAACAACGUCCCCACGCACCUCAUGACUAGCGCGCUAGGUCCAUGGCCGGAAGGAACCCAGCCCUUUGUUAGCCAAAGAUACCUCGAGGAGUAUGUCCAAACGCUGGCGAAGGACCACGGCGUAGACGAGGUCACGUCAUUCCACACCCGAGUGGACGAAGUUCGAAGAACUGUUGACGGGACCAAGUGGGAACUACGACUAGUCGCGCUGGAGAAGGGGGAUGUAGGCCCCCGACUUACCGAGCGAAUCUCACAUUUUGACCUGGUGGUGGUGGCAUCAGGGCACUACAAUAUGCCCCGAAUUCCCGACACCGAAGGGCUCAAGGAUUGGAAGUCAAGAUAUCCUUCUCGGGUCAUUCACUCCAAGCAAUAUCGGUCCCCUGAAGCCUACCGGGGUCAAAAUGUGUUGGUCGUCGGCGCUGGGGUAUCUGCCAUGGAUAUCUGCCGUGAGAUCAACGGUGUGGCCACUGACACAUACCAAAGCGUGCGCGGUGGCAAAUUCGACUUACCCGCAUCUCUUCUACCGGAGACCGUCGUUCGGGUUCCGGAGGUUGCCAGAUAUGAGCUUCGCAGCGCUUCCGCCAGGAACGGGCAGCUCGAGACCGAGGCGCAAAUCCCCGGAUUCGUCGUACUGAAGGAUGGAGGGGUCCUGGAGAAUAUCCACCAGGUGAUACUGGCAACAGGGUAUAUCACAUCUUACCCCUUCCUCCCGCAGUUUCACUCGGACGAUGCGCCUAUCACCGCGGCCGGCGAGGAUCUGGUGGUAACCUCGGACGGCAACAUGGCGCAUAACUUGCACCGCGACAUCUUUUACAUCAACGACCCCACCCUGGCAUUCAUUGGGGUGCCAUACUACGUGGCAACUUUCUCUCUUUUUGAUUUCCAAGCCCAGGCCGCUGCUCGAGUAUUUGCCGGCAAAGCCCGGUUGCCGGGCCGGGAGGAGAUGCGGAGGGAGUAUGAGAAGCGUGUGGAGGAGAAGGGACUUGGCCGUGGGUUCCACUCUCUGCAUGCACCUGGCCUCGAGGUUGCGUACGUGCAAGAGCUUGCGGACUGGCUCAUUCGGCAGAAUGGAAGGAAGGAUAUGACGAGUUGAAGGCCAAGGCGACGGCAGCAUUUAAGUCGGGGAAGCGUAACGAGGAGGGAGGGAAAGACUGACGGGUUCUUGAGGUUACCUACCUAGGUACCUAAGGUAUUCGCGAAACUACUCAACCGGCAAUGGUUAUUACCCGAUUAGGCAGGUACGCUGCGCGAUACUCGAGGCAGCGAGAACCAAAAUCUCCGCCCUCAAGAAGGCGCACCAGUUCAGCGAGGGAUAGCGACUGGGGUUAGGGUUAGAC